CCAAUCGGUGCGUUGCACCCAAAGCGGCGGUGUUCUCUGCAGAGCGCUAUGAUACCUGGGAGGAGGACGGAACGCCACCCGCACCACUACGGCUCCCUCUACUCUACCGCUAACACCACACUGCUCUGGAUGCUGCGGAUAGAGCCCUUCACCACGUUCUUCCUGAAUGCCAAUGAGAACCAGUUUGACCAUCCUGACAGAGCCUUCUCUGGCAUCGCACGGGCCUGGAGGAACUGCCAACGGGACACCGCUGAUGUCAAGGAGUUGAUCCCAGAGUUCUACUACCUUCCAGAGAUGUUUGUUAACAGCAGUGGCUUUGAGCUGGGACAGAGAGAGGACGGGACUCCUGUGUCUGACAUAGAACUGCCAGCCUGGGCCAAGAAACCUGAGGACUUCGUACGCAUCAACCGCAUG